UCUCUUUGAGUUCAUUGGAGCAGCGGCUCGGCCUCACUGUGAUGAAGCAGCGUGACGAAGCUGCUGGUGCUAACAGGGAAGUGGUGAAGCUGAAGGUGUCACUCUGCUGUCAGUCGUCAUCUCGACAACAUGAAGACUUCAUGUGUGUCUCUGCUCCUCGGUGUGUGUGUGCUGCUGCUGUCUGCACUGACUGUUUCUGCAGUCUCUCUGACCGUCAGUCCAAACCUGCAGCAGUUCUUCACAGGAGCCUCAGUGUCUCUGACAUGUGAAGGUCAGCUGGGCUCUGAUGGAUGGACAGUGAAGAGGGACACAGGAAGUGGGACUGAGUCAUGUGGAGCAGGUGGGCGGGGCUUUGGGAGGAUAAAUGGUUCAUCCUGUUUUUUGGAUGAGUUCAAGCCAAUCAGUGGAGUUUACUGGUGUGAAGGUGAAGCUGGAGAGAAGAGUGAAGAAGUCAACAUCACUGUAUCAGAUAAACAUGUGAUCCUGGAGAUCCCUGCAGUUCCUGUGAGCACAGGAAGUGAUGUCACUCUACGCUGUAAAAAGAAAACUGGUGGCACAGCUGCAGCUUAUUUCUACUGUAAUGGGCGUCCUGUUAGACCUAAAUCAGAGAAAAACAUCACCAUUAACGUGCAGCAGUCUGAUGAAGGUCUCUACUGGUGUUCUACUGAUGACUUUGGAUCAUCUCCUCAGAGCUUUCUGAGGGUCAGAGGUUCUGUGACACCAAUCUCUGUUACAACAACAGAAAGAGCAACAACACCAAAAACAACCACCACCACUCAUAUCUCCCAUCCUCCUCCUUCUCCUCCUUCCUCCUCCUCCUCCAUCUUUCCAGCCAUGGCAGCUGUAGUUUUUCUGUGUCUUCUGGAUCUGGUUCUGGUUGUGGUUCUGAUGAAAUGGUGGAGACAAACAGGAAGAACUCUGCCAUCACUUCAGGGGAAAGUCGUCUACGAGGGUCUCACCUUAAAAAAAACAGCCAAUAAGAUUUCAAUCAUCCAGUCACAUGUUGUUUUUUCCAGUCUGAGGACAAACACUGCAGGUGUGUCAGAAGAAAGUAACUGAUGGGCUGUCCAACCUCUUUUUAAAGGAAACAACAAACAACAAGCAGUCAUUUAAAAUGAGUGUAGAAACUAAC